UUUUACACACAUGUAAUUUAUCUUAUUUUUGUUUAUAUAAUUUUAAAUUAUUUGCAAUAUUAUUUAUGUGCUCUAAUAUAAAGAGUUUUUGUUUACGUUUAUGCUAUGAUAAAAAGUAAUUUCAAAACAAUUGACUCUCGACAAACAAAACAAAAUUUGUGUUUUUUGUUACAUAAAGGCGUUUGUAAUUGACACAUCGUAUAACUAUAAUUUGUUACUUAAUAUAUCAAGUUUUGUUCUUAUUGAAAUAACGCAAUAUAAUACGUUAUAAAAGAAUUCAAGGAUUUGUAAUUAUUUGUUUUGCAAUAUGUUGCGCGUGAAUGAAAACACUCUUGAGUUGGACAUAAAAGUAAAUGGGCAAAAUUUAUCUACAGUUUCAAAAAAGUAUAAUAUCGGCACAUUACGAAUUCCUUCGGAUCCAUCUUGGCCUAAAAUACCUUUACGUUGUUUGAGCGACAAUACCGAUGAUAUUAUUGAACAUCCAUGUGUGAUCACAUUGACAGAAAUUCCUAGAAAAAGUCCUAAUACAAGACAAACUGUUGCAAAUCAACACUUUAGAUCAAGAUUAAACCAAAAGUACGAAACAACUACGCAUAUACCCAAAAAACUACCUAGCUGUUUUGAUCCACGUUUUAGAAGACAGGUAUUGCAACAAAAGAUUGAGAAGUUAGAUGAAUUUCAUAAUUCAAAAGACGACGAACAGUUAGCUAUACAUGUCCCAAAAGGAGUUAAGGAGGAUAAAUCAAGAGAAACAGAUAAUGGCGUCGUGGUAGAGGAUGAUUAUGUAUCACUACAGUGUUAUAAUAUAGAUAAUCUAUUAUCAAAUCACGUAACAAAAUCGAUGAACAAAACCGCUGAUUGUCUUAUUAACAAAGGAGAAUCAAUUUCAGAAGCAAAUCAUUGUAUAACGAAUAAUUGUGACGAUCGAGAUGAUGCCAAAAGCAUUGGUGAUAUCUGUAUCUCGAAGAGAAAAAGUAAUUCAAAGGAUUAUGACGAGUACACUUUCAGUCAGAAGGAGAAGAUUGAUUCGAAUGUAUCGCUGAGUCAGGAUAUUAUAAAUGAAAUUACACUUUAUAAAGAUCGUUUAACCUUUAAUGCGUUAGCUAAUGCGGACGAUUACUCAAAUUUAAACACUACUGUCAAAUUAAACGAUUUUGUCGAUCAAAGUGGCGUAACAGAUUCUUAUAUUGCAGAGGGAUAUUGUAAUGAGAGUAAAAUAAGCAAAGGAGAGAUGGCCAAGAUUCGAAUGCACUCACACUUGCGUGUAAAUGAAGAAUCGAAACAAAAAUUUGCGUAUCGCGUAAAAAAUGUGCGAGAUGAACAAAAUGAUGCGAAUAAACUUUUAAUGCAGUUUAACAUAAUAAAUGACAAGCGUUUAACAUUUGAUGAAGCUUGCUUGAAAGAAUCCGAAGAGAGUAAAUGUAACGAUGAGAAAGAAAAAGAUAAAAAGGAAAAACGUGUACAGUUACGGAUUAAUGCGAAAAAAAAAUGUAAACCAGCAUCGAUAUUCCGGAAAGCAAAGUCAUUCUUUCGAAAGAAAUCCCGUUUGGCACUCGCAAAUUCCAACUGCACUCUGAUACUGCCUGGUCAUUCCGGCAUUAUAGGUAAACGAUCUAAAAAGAUUUGUGAAGAAUUUCACUCCAAGGUAAAUCGAUCAUUACAUGGAAAAAACGGUAUAAAUAGUGCGAAUUCUAUAUUAGAAAAAUACGUGUCAAGACAAGGCCGAAUAAACUUUCGUUCAUUGACGAAUCUACCUAAUAAUUUAUUCGAGAAGCAGUCGUCCAUUCCUUUAGAAACUCGAGAGCUAUUGAAUAAGAAUUAUUGGAAGUAUUAUUGGAAUCUCAGACGUAAAAUGGUGUCAGCCAAGUCAGCGAAGAUGAAAAAAAAUUACGAGUGCUUGAACGAAGAUCAUUUGUCUGAAUCUCAAACAUUAAGACAGUGUUCUGUUCUCUCUUGCAUGAUCAACAUGACGCUUCGAGAUUCCACAGUUAUUGAUGGAAGACAGUUUUCAGAUCCGAAAGUAGUAACGUCUAAUGCAUGCAUUUACGAAGCUUCUGAAUCGCACUCUGUUCUCGCAAGAAUGAUUAAACGAAAAAAGCUCAAGCGAGAGAGUGAACGGUUACUCGGAUUUCGAGCUAUAGCAUUGCUGUGUAUUGCGAUGUAUGUUGCGGUCAUAUUUUUGCCUGUGAUGUACCACUAUUUGGAUGAAGAAUACAACGAUGGGAACGCAAAUUAUCUCGAAUUAAUAUUCCAAUAUGUCACGUCGUUUGAAAAAGCUUUUGAUGAAGUUAUCAACGCUCUGACUACGAUUCUCUUACGACCUGUAAAAUAAAACGAAAGCAGUAACUUUUGUCUUUUACUUAAAGACUCGUCAAAUUUGUAGUUGAUCACUCCAUUCUAUGUUGUAUCUGCAAAAAUUAUUGCAUUAAACAUUCCACAGAUUUUUAUGUAUAUUGUCUUUAACGUUUUAACGUUUAUAAAACGGAAGAAAACAUUAACGUUAUUUGCAUUUAUUCUAUGAGUCUUUACAUGUUUUACCAUUUAUUAUUAUUCGUGGCUAAUCACGAUUUUUUAAAUAAAAUGAUAUUUUCUACAAAAACAUAUUAUAUACACAUGGUUUUCGAAUGUUUAUACACAAUUUAUACAUGUAUAUGCAUAUUUAACAUGUAAUUUAUAUUAUAUACAUAUGUAUAUCGCUACUGCAUUCAUAGGAUUUUAUUUAAAGAGGUAUUCUCAGUUUUGGAUUUGUAAAAACUGAUUAUCCGAUGGUAUAAUAAACUUGAUAAAAUCUUCACCUUGAA